AUGAGAGCAUCCGCUGCCCGCAGAGCGGCUUCCCUUGCGCGUUCCAGCAAGGGCCUCACAUCCCAGCUUUUGGCCUACAGAACGUAUUCCUCCUCCGGCCGUCCAACCCCGGCGCCGGCCUUCAACGGGGAAGCCUCCCAGAGCAAGUCAUCGGCCAAGGUUGCGUACGCAAUGAAGGACAACGUGAUGGAUGACUCGCUUAUCGGUCUUUCCGGUGGUGAAAUCUUCCACGAGAUGAUGGUCAGACACAAGGUGGACACUAUUUUCGGCUACGCCGGUGGUGCCAUUUUGCCGGUUUUCGACGCCAUCUACAAUUCCCCUCACUUCAAUUUUGUCAUCCCAAGACACGAGCAGGGUGCGGGACACAUGGCUGAGGGGUACGCCCGCGCCACGGGUAAGCCAGGUGUGGUUGUGGUCACCUCUGGACCGGGCGCCACCAAUGUGAUCACCCCCAUGGCCGAUGCGCUUGCCGACGGUGUGCCGUUGGUCGUGUUCACAGGACAGGUUCCCACCACCGCUAUCGGUACCGACGCGUUCCAGGAGGCUGACGUCAUCGGGAUCUCCCGUUCGUGCACGAAAUGGAACGUAAUGGUUAAAAACGUCGCCGAAUUGCCAAGGCGCAUCAACGAGGCGUUUGAAAUUGCCAUGUCUGGCCGGCCUGGCCCGGUUUUGGUCGACUUACCAAAGGAUGUCACCGCUGCCAUUCUCCGCGAGGCCAUUCCUAUCAAGAGCACUCUUCCAUCGAACGCCUUAUCCAAGAUUACCAAGCAGGCGGCACAGGAGUUCACUCUCCAGGCGAUCCAGAGAUCUGCUGCUUUGCUCAACAAGGCUAAGAAGCCGCUUCUUUACGUUGGUGCCGGUAUCCUCAACUCCGAGGAAGGCCCAAAGCUCCUUAAGGAGUUGUCCGACAAGGCGCAGAUCCCGGUCACCACCACCUUGCAGGGGUUGGGUGCUUUCGACCAAAGAGACUCCAAGUCGUUGGACAUGUUGGGAAUGCACGGUUCCGCCGUGGCCAAUACGGCCGUGCAGAAUGCCGAUUUGAUUAUCGCUCUCGGUGCCAGAUUUGACGACAGAGUCACGGGAAACAUUGCCAAAUUCGCUCCGGCGGCCAAGCUUGCUGCCCAAGAGGGUAGAGGUGGAAUCGUGCACUUUGAAAUCUCGCCAAAGAACAUCAACAAGGUCGUGGAGGCGAACGAAGCCGUCGAGGGUGACGUCACCGACAAUUUGCAGCACUUCCUCCCAUUUGUUCACCAGAGGUCUGCCGAAGACAGAUCCGAAUGGUUCACCCAGAUUGCCGCGUGGAAGGAGAAGUACCCAUACGCGUAUUUGAAGGAGACCCCAGGCUCCAAGAUCAAGCCACAGACGCUCAUUGCCGAGAUUUCCCGCCAGUGUAACGCCAUUGAGGGCAAGGAUACUAUCGUCACCACCGGUGUCGGCCAGCACCAGAUGUGGGCUGCGCAGCACUGGACCUGGACCAAGCCUCGCUCCAUGAUCACUUCUGGUGGUUUGGGGACCAUGGGGUUCGGUUUACCAGCCGCCAUCGGUGCUCAGAUCGGGAGACCGGACGCGAUUGUCGUGGAUAUCGACGGUGAUGCCUCCUUUAAUAUGACCUUGAUGGAGUUGUCCUCUGCCGUCCAGGCUAAGGCGCCAGUCAAGGUGGUUGUGUUGAACAACGAGGAGCAAGGCAUGGUUACCCAGUGGCAGUCGUUGUUCUACGAGCACCGUUACGCCCACACCCAUCAGUCUAACCCGGACUUUAUGAAGCUCGCCGAAGCCAUGUAUUUCACCGGGAUCAGAAUCGAGAAGCAAGAGGACUUGGUGCCUGGUAUCGCCAAGAUGUUGGCUACCGAAGGCCCGGUCUUGGUUGAGGUCAUGGUUGAGAAGAAGGUUCCGGUUUUGCCGAUGGUGCCAGCCGGCAAGGGCUUGGACGAGUUUAUCGUGUAUGAUGCUCAGGUCGAGGCCGAUGAGAAGGACUAUGUCUUCCUAUACCACCGCAUCAACAACUUUCUUGGAUUUCCGCGGGACAUUGAUGCCUCUCCUCGCUACGAAGUCGCACCUAAAUUACGGGCAUACCACACGGUAUUGUUGAAUCUUCUUCCGUGGUCCACCAGACUCUUCUUUGGUAUAUCUGUCAGUUUAUCUCUCCACCUCGCCUUCAUGAUCUUACUUGAAAUCAUGUCGUUUGCGCGAACCACGGUGGAUGAAAAGGGCCAAGCCACACCGUCUUCCAGCCUGGCCCUUAUUAACUUCACGCUCAAGAUGCUUGUGGUGUGCCUUGCAGCGAUACAGCCGUUUCUCAUCUUCACCAACAUGGCCCUGCAAUGGCACCAGCUGCGUCUUUCAACCGCCAUGUUUCUGAAGAGAUCGGCGUUUUUUGUUGUCAUGGCGUACGCGACCUGGUGGUUGGUCUUGUCUUACAUGCACGCUUUUUUCGCAGAUGCUGAUGAAUCAGCUGCUAUCUCCCAAUCUAUCGUGCUCGAUAUCUCUCUUGUGGGGGUGGUAUUCACAGGGGUGCUUUCGGGGAUUGGCUGCGUCCUGACACCAUACACGCUCUUUUUUGCGCGCAAACGGCCACGGUUCACCCCAGAAAAGCUCCGGCGGAUGCAGGGGUCGCUUCGAUCCAUGGACAACAUGGUCAGCAUCAAACAGCGCGAAUUGCAGAACUUGCCAGGGGGUAUUGACGACACCGCAGCCACGAGCAGCACUGACAGAAACUACUCAAUCACCAACUUGUUCAAGCUCCAGUUUCAGUCCAAGGAGACGUCUAACCGGAAGGAUGUGGAACGAGAGUUGGAGUCUUUGCUGAAGAUGCAGGAAAAUCUAGCGCGAGACGUGGAGCAGUGCCGCAAAGUGGUGGACAAAAACAAGGCGAACUCUCCUAUCGAUUACUUGGUGGACCUUGUAACGGUAAAGAUUUUUUCGAUCUAUUGUAUCUACCGCAUUUUUUCGGUGGUGGUGGUUGGGUUUUUGUUCUACCAGGUGGUGUUCCCCGUUUUCAGCAGCGUCAUCGACCAGAGUGAGGCAACAGAGCCGAACUCCCACGAUGUAUUGGCCAUCACCAUUGCCAAGCUCAUACUAGCUGCGUACGAUAUCGGAAUCGAGGAAAAGAUGUUGGUAAACCAGCUAUCAUUUCUUAUCUCCUCCGGGCUUUUCGUUUGUUCCUUGACCAAUGUGAUGAAUAGCGUGGACAAGUUCAUGAAGUUGCUUCCGGGCUCAUUCCAGGUGAAUGAGGGGGGCAAGCGGGGUACGGUGCACGCAAUAGUCGUUCGCAUAAUCCCCAUCCUCAUGGCUGAACUCCUCGGGGUGUACACGCUAUCGACCAUUUUCAUGUUGAAGACGACGAUUCCGUCCACCUUCUUCAGCAAUUUAUUGGUAAAGGCCAGCGAGAAUACGAACCAGGAGUAUCUCAAACACUUGAACAAGAUGAAUUCGAUUCAGAUUAUCACCAUCUUUGACCUGUGGUUUUUGGUGGGGUGUUUGAUCAGCGUGAUAUCCAUUGGUCUUGACAUGAUCAACAGCGACGAGUUUGAUGAGUAUGACGACAUUACGGACGACUACGCCGCAGGAUACGUGGCCAUGGGCGAGGAAUUGGUCCUGAAGGGGGUUUAG